UUUUUUUCUUCUUUCAUUUUUUGGGAUUGUGAAAUUAGGAUAUAAGCAAUACCUCUGUAUUAUGAUUUUGGGGAGUUAGUUAAUUUCAAUUUAGGGAUUCUCUUGUGGAUUUAGGAAUCGAGUAUGGUUAUUUUAGGUUGAGUAUUGUUCAAUGGUUACUCUUGCAAUAUGGAAUUCACCCAUGUAGACACCACUGUUAGCAUUGACCCUGACCUGUAUCAGUAAGAGUUUCUGUGUUCAAAAAAAUAGGGUCUUUCGUAUCCAAUCUCAAGGUGUACUUUCAUUGGAUUCGAUUGAAAAUAGUGUGGUGACUGAUAUUAUGCAAACUUUGUCAACUUUUUCAUCCAUGUCACCGGCGUCUCUGGCAUGCGCUCCGCCGCCACUCAAGAGGCUGAACUUUAACUUUCUCUUACCAACCGCUUCAUAUGUGUCCACUUUGUCUCUUCGGCAUGCCAAUAUAGAGCUUAUUAUUGUUACUCAUUCAUCGACACCUCCGAACCUUGGUCUAAUCUCAGUUGUGCUUCCACAGUUUGAGACUCAAGGAGUUGUUAUUUUGGUUAAUGUCGAUACAGAUGGAACUGUCUUAGUUAGCCAUGAUGGUAUGGAAAUGUGGCAAGGUUUACAGACGAAAGUUGCACAAAUUGCGGCAUCAACUUUCAAUAUCCUCCUUAAUUUUGUCUUCAUAUCAGAUACAAGUACAGAUAAGGUUCCUAAUUCUUCUCCAUUAACACCUUCUGCAAGUUCUGACAUGUAUGGAGCAGUGGUUUUAGAUGCAUGUGAGCAAAUAUCCGUACACAUGGAACCUAUUUCUUCCCAACAUAAAUUCAAGACUUUUACUGAGCUAGUUAAUGUGUGCUAUGUAGAGCGAAUAGAUCUUGCUGUCUGUGGAUUUUGUAUUGCACAGUUUUAG